CGGCGGUGGGCGCGGCGUCGCGCGGCAGGCUGAGCUGCACCGCAGCGCUCAUACACUACAAUGGCUGCUGGGGAAAGAGGGGAAAGCAAACAAUUUCCAGGCCCGCCGCGUCCAGCCCGAAAUCAGGAAGAAAAAUUGCGGAAAAAUCGGAGAGCGCCCUAAAAGGCGGGAAGAAAGCGCGGAGGGGAUGCGGAGGCGCCCGCGAUCAGCAAAAAUGGGAAGCACUGGAUUCUGGUUUGCUCCAACACAUGUCAGUGGAACUGGUUAAGACCAAAAUCAGAAGGUUUUUCUUCGUUAUCCAUCACCAGGUGUGCACUGAACAGAGGCUACCAUAAAUCUGUUUUGAGUAUGAACACCUUUUAAAAUGUCCCCUUUUGCUUUCUUUAACGACCACAUGAAACUUGAGAAGCCAUCUAAAGCUAAAUCAUUUAGUGGAGUUGGGCAAUUCCCAAGUGUCCAACAAGAAGGCCUGGUUUAGGCUGCGAUGGCCACUGUCAUUCCUGGUGAUUUGUCAGAAGUAAGAGAUACCCAGAAAGUCCCUUCAGGGAAACGUAAGCGUGGUGAAUCCAAACCAAGAAAAAACUUUCCUUGCCAACUGUGUGACAAGGCCUUUAACAGUGUUGAGAAAUUAAAGGUUCACUCAUACUCUCACACAGGAGAGAGGCCCUACAAGUGCACACAACAAGACUGCACCAAGGCCUUUGUUUCUAAAUACAAAUUACUAAGGCACAUGGCUACUCAUUCUCCUGAGAAAACCCACAAGUGUAAUUAUUGUGAGAAAAUGUUUCAUCGAAAAGAUCAUCUAAAGAAUCACCUACAUACACAUAAUCCUAAUAAAGAAGCCUUUAAGUGUGAAGAAUGUGGAAAGAACUACAACACGAAGCUUGGGUUUAAGCGUCACCUGGCUUUGCAUGCUGCAACAAGUGGUGACCUCACCUGUAAAGUAUGUUUGCAGACAUUUGAAAGCACAGGGGUGUUGCUGGAGCACCUAAAAACUCAUGCAGGCAAAUCAUCAGGUGGAGUGAAGGAGAAAAAGCACCAGUGUGAACAUUGUGAUCGUCGGUUUUACACCCGAAAGGAUGUCCGAAGACACAUGGUCGUGCACACUGGAAGAAAGGACUUCCUCUGUCAGUACUGCGCACAGAGAUUUGGCCGGAAGGAUCACCUAACACGGCAUAUGAAGAAAAGCCACAACCAAGAACUUCUGAAAGUCAAAACAGAGCCAAUGGACCUUCUAGACCCCUUUACUUGCAAUGUUGCUGUGCCUAUAAAGGAUGAGCUACUUCCAGCAAUGUCUUUAUCUUCCAGUGAACUGACAUCAAAGCCAUUUACAAACACUUUGCAAUUAAAUCUCUACAAUACGCAGAUUCAGUCCAUGCAGAGCUCAGCAUCUGCACACCAAAUGGUUGCCACAUCAUUACCUUUAGGUAUGCCUUGUCCAAUAGAAAUGGAAUCUGUCCAUGCUUCUCACCAGCUAUCUCUAAAAUAUCCACUCAGUUCUACCUCAUAUACAGUUUCCAUGACUGAUAAAGAGCAGCCAUUGAAAGGGGAAAUUGAAAGUUACUUAAUGGAACUGCAAAGUGGCAUGCCUUCUUCAUCCCGAGAUUCUCAAGCAUCUUCAUCUAAAUUAGGGCUGGAUCCUCAAAUAGGCCCGCUAGAUGAUGUAUCUCUUUCCAAAAGUGCUGUUUCUAUUACUGAAUCUUUAAGCACACCAUCACUGGACUUCUCCCAAUUAUUCAAUUUUAUACCAGUAAAUGGACCCCCAUUUAAUCCUUCUGUUUCUGUGGGAAAUCUUGGAAUGAGUUACACUCAAGAGGAAGCACAUUCAUCUAUGACUCACCUUCCUCCACAGGCACACGAUCUACAAGACCCUGGUAAUGGUAUCGGCCUUGGUUCUUUGCAUUCAUUGUCAGCAGCUUUCACAAGUAGUCUAAACACAACCACAACCCUACCACGUUUUCAUCAAGCUUUCCAAUAAGAUGAAAAAAAUGCCUUGUGACAAGUUUAUUUUUAGAAAUGCCUUAGACAAUUUUUAUGUAGUGCCUACUAUAUCAUUUGUAAAUCUACUUUUGUACAGUACCAAUCUCAUUAAGCCAGUAUGAAAUUCAAAUUAAUUCUUCAAAUAUUUUGAAUGUGUACAUUCACAGUUGUUUACUUUGGGAUUUAAAACAGUCUCUGUAUUCUCACUGCCAGUAGAUCCACAUUUUAAAAAUAGUGAGAAAACCAUUCCCAAGACAUUUUGUUUGUCUUAUCAUAGUUUCACAAAGAUCCAGUAAUUUUAUUUGUCAAUGGAAUAGUGACUAUGUUUUUUUAAAGGAUAACAACAAAACAAUGUUAAUGCAGGCAAGUUCCUAAACAAUAGUAUAAAGGAAAACAACUUUUACUUUGCUCAUAACAUUUUAUAUGUAAGUAAAUUUGUCAUUCCUGUCUGAAAAAGCACAGCUUUUUUUCAUCAAAACUUCUUAGAAGACCAGGACUUGCUAUUUUCCCUUAAAUAAUUUCAUAUGAUUAGAGGAGAAUAACUUCUCAUUUAAGUGCAAUUAUGAAGCAGUAUAAUUUGGCAAGAAAACAUUCUUAAUCGGCAAGUACAAAGUGAAGGUCUGGCACUGAAACAGAAAUAUUUUUUCAGGUUUUUUUUUAUGUAACAUGUAUAUCUUUUAACACUUUCACUAAACAGGUGAAAUUAAGUCCAGCUAGAAAAUUUUACAUAUUGUCAAUUUGAUGAAUUUGCAACAAAAAAGAAUGUAAAUUUGCAAAUACAAUUUUCAUAUUUUCAUUGGAGUGGAUCUCUUGAAUUGUAUUUCAUGGUGUGUAAUGUCACCCUAAGCAUCAACUUAGUGGUAAUAAUAGUUACUGCACCUGGGUAUUUGGCUAGUGAUUUUUCUCAAUGCCAAGAAUUAAUAACAGGACUCCUAGGAGUGAAGUAAAAGCAUAUUGCUUAUGCCACUUUUACCUGAUAUACAAGGUUAUUUAGGAAAAAUAACAAGAAAAUAGCUAUUUGUGCUGUUAUGUCCAAGUGCUGUUUAUUUUCAAAACAUCCUCUUAUAUUUUCUAUUCUGGUAACAAAAGAGGGAAAACUGUGAUACAAAUGCAAAAUCUAGUUUAGUGACAUUCUAUUCCUUAUCAUUUUUAGGAGGAAUUUUAAAUGCAUAGCUAUUUCCAGUUUGUACAGAUGAAUACAUGGUUUUCAAGUGGUUAAACUAAAUAUCCUUCACAAAAACAAAAGUUGCUCUCAUUAAGGAGCUUUGGCUCCCAAUAUGUAUGUCAUUAGUUUCUACUUUUUUAUCGUAGGAACAAUAUGCAGGUGUGAUUUUACUAUUUUAUACUGAUGUAUUUAAAUUUUAUUACUGAAUGGUAACUUUUUAUAAAUGUUUGUUCCAAAGGCAUUAAAAUAAGGAUGUAUUAAUGAGGAAGUACCUUUUCAAAAUUCUGCAAGCUGCUCCAAUAUGCCAUGAGAAUGAUUUCUCAAAGUAGACUUUAGCUCUGCUGCAUAAUUGCUUCCUUUAGUUUCUAUGAAACAGAUUGCUGAGAUGUAUCUUUAGUGGAAUGAUUCGUUCAAUAUUGCUUUCCAGCCAUUUAGCACCAUCAUUUAAAAGGGGAAAAACAUACCAGACAAUUGUCAAUACUGCAAUCUAGUUUAUGACCCAAAUAGCCAAUCACAAGUAGAACUUUUCUUCUGAAUACUCUUUUCUACAAGAAAUGAUAGAAAGGCUUUAAUUGUUCAGAGGAAAUGCUUUUCUUUCUUUCUUUUCCCCCGUUUUCUUUUAGUAAAUACCUCCUCGCAUCACUGAAUCAACACUUAGGGUCUGGCCUUCUCUUUCCCAUUUUCCCCAGUUUUUCAAAACAAACACCAUCUUACAGCUGUUGAAUAAGCAUUUCACUCAUUUAAAAAAUGAGUUGAACUAGUUUUAACCUUUUAGGUUCUAAUAGAAGCCUAGCACUACAUUGACAGGAAUGGUAUGUAUAAAGUGUCUUACAACAAUGUUAUCUGUUUUCAGUGUUAGUUGCUGGUUAACUUGAUUUUUUAAAAAACUAGUUUUUCCAGUAUGCCUUAAUACACAUGAUGGCUCCAUAAUCCUAUGGCAGUUCCUUCAGAUUCUAAACUGGGAUUAGACAGGUGCACUUCAAAUUAGUAGUAGAAUUUCAGACAAGAUAUUGAACCUCAUUCAGUUAGUAUUUCAGUAGAUAGCUACACCUUGUGGGCAUGUCACUGAAGUAAGAUAUAUGAGUAUAUGGAAGCAAAAUGACAUUAUGCAUUUACACACUAGUGCUUUAUGACUAUCAUUUAGGCAGAGAAAUGGUUGAGAAGUUCAAAAUAUCAAUUUUAAAGCCUAUUUUGAGGUUACCAGAUUAAUUCUAAAAAGUGGAGGGUGGUGUGUGCUGGCUGAUCAUGCACCACCCUUUGUGUAACUUCUAAACUUCUACUAUGGAUUUUAAAUAUAUUAUAUAUAUAUAAUUUGCUUGUGUUUUAUUAGUAGUGAAUUGUGGAAUAGAGUGAUUUAUUCAUUUGGCAGUAGAGGUUUUCAAAAACCAUAUACUGACUAAAACAUGAGCCAGACCUGAUUGCUUUAUUAAGCUAAUGAUGAAUGUUAAGAGUACAUAUUUUCAGGAUCUUUUGCCUAGUGAGCUCUAUAUGUAUUGUAGGCUGUUGUAAUUGUUGUGUGUGUUUUUAAACUAAAGCUCGAUCAAUUUCUAUGUUACACAUAAUACAAGAUAUAGCACUUUCAAAAAGAAACCUAAACCUUAUAAAAGAGAAUUUCUUACAGGUUAUGCUUUCUAUUAUAAAAUCUAUUAUAAUUUUUCAAGUGCCAUUAGAUGACAUAUGUGGGCCUUUGAUAUAAUGCUUUGGGUACAAAAUGGUAAACUUUGUAACUUUUAACAGGUACAUCUUAAAGUGUGUUAACGUCAAUUUGCUAUAUUGCACAGAACCAGUGUGUCUUUUUAAAAGGGUUUUUACACAGUAGAUUCCUAGGUUUACAUAUUUCUGUCUAUGCCAUCUUUUACUGCCAUUUCAUACCAGUCCAAAUAUUGAGUGGUCAAAACCAUUUAAGUGUAUACUAAUACCUUAGAGAUUGCAUUCAUGUGCACACUAAUGCUAAGUCCCAUACAUUUCAUUGGGAAUUACACAUGUGAUACUAGGCACUAGAGUUCAGCCUUACAACUCAGUGUUACGUAUGUUUAUUUGGAAGACCCAUUUAAUGCAAUUAAAUAUCCUUCUAAGUAAAUAUGCAUAGAAUUGCAAUCUCUACAAAAAGCAGUAUUCUGAAAAUACUAUGUCCUGUCAUAGCAUAGGGUUGAUCCUGUGCCUGUAUAAAGAGAAGGAUUAAGCUCUUAUUUGUCUCAUACACUGGUUUAGCGGCUUAAAAUGACAUGCCUCUUAGUAAUAAAACCUACACAUUAUUUGCUAUGAAAUACAUUGUGUAGGUUCAGCUGCCUAUUUGUAUCAUGUCAGUAUAGAAUAAAAACUAUCACCAGUUAUACAUUACAGAGAAGACAAUUUAAAAUAAUGUGGAAAAAAAUGGGUUCUAAUCCCUUAACAGUUAUAAGGGUGUAGUGUGUUAAAAGGCCAUGUUGUUAUAAGUAUUUAACCCUAAAAUUGACACAGAACUAUUGCUUAUGGCAUACAAACAUUUUCAAUAUAAGCUUCAGUGGUACAGUUGAACCAGAAUGAAUGUUUUAUCUUCUCAGAAACACUCCUGCAAAUAUAUUAUAGUGGAUCAUGCUGCUAAUAUAACUUGGGAUACAGCUCCUCUCAUGGUGCUACAGACCUGUCUCAUUUAGACUGAUGUAUUUUUAUCCACAGAGAAAGGCCUAUAUUAGAUUUAUAGAUGUAUGAUAUAUUUUUAUACUGUGACUUAAUUUGUUAUUAAUGAAUUUUGUAUAUCACCAUGUUUUCAUAUGCACUUGCAAAAUGAGAAUCUUGGACAUGCAAAUUUAUACCCAAAUAAGCCUAUUUUCAAAACUAGAAGAUGAAAAUGAAAAGAGGGCUUUUGAUAUGGUGUGAAGUGAAGAACAUGCUUGUCUCAAAGGGCCCAUUCGAUCUUGGCAAAUGAAAACUAUUUUAAAAGAAUUACAUCUGAACAUGAUGUGGGUUGCUGAAAUUAUAUUUUUAGAUAGUGGAAAAUGUUUGGACUUGUGGGGAAAAAAACUGUUUAAUGAUACUGAUUUUGAGUCAAAAUAGAAAAAUGCAUUCCAGACCGAAUUUGUGUAUUUCAUUAAAAAUUACUAUCCUGUGAUAUGGGAAAAUGUGUUGCUUAUCAUGUAUAUGUACUUUAAAAUGUAUUCACAAACUACUGUUGUAUUUGUAUAAAAUAUAGACAAAAGAUUGCAUAUAUAUUUUUGUGUAUAAGCUCUGUAAAAUAGCUAUCACAUUAUGAAGCUGCAGCAAAAAUUCAAUUUAGGCAUUCAUAUCCAAAGAAACAGACUAUUUAUUGUCCACAUACCCUGAUAAAAAUAUAACUUGCUGCUAUUAAACAAUAGUGCUGCAGCUUCUUGUGGCCUACAGUGUUAUGUUUGCUGUACAAAAAUAUGUGAACUCCACAAAAUAUCAAUAAAACUACAGAAUGGUUUUAGUUAUGUAAAA